AUGAGGGAGAUCCUAUCAAAGAAAAGUAAAUUGGAGAAUUAUGAGACGGUGGCACUUAUUGAGGAGGGCAACGCAAUACUCCAAAAGAAGCUACCUCCUAAGCUUAAAGAUCCGGGUAGUUUCACAAUUCCAUGUACCAUAGGGAAUGUGGUUUUUGAUCGAGCACUUUGUGAUUUAGAGGAAACUAUGAAUUUAAUGCCUCUAUCCAUUUAUCGAAAACUAAAAUUUGGAGAUGCUGAGCCAACAACUAUGAUGCUUCAGAUGGCGGAUCGCUCAGUCAAACGCCCUCAUGGAGUGAUUGAGGAUGUACUAGUAAAGGUGGACAAAUUUAUCUUCCCUAUUGAUUUUAUUAUUCUUGAUAUAGAGGAAGAUAAAAAUAUUCCAAUUAUCCUUGGGAGGCCAUUUUUUAGCUAUUGGGAGAGCAUUAAUUGGUGUGUAAAAAGGAGAAUUAUAAUUGCGAGUGCAAAAAGAGGAAGUGAUGUUUAA